GUCUUGUAUUCGUUAUAGCCUUAUUACGGGCUGUAAUUAUGAGGUAAAUCGAUGCCUAGUUUGUUCAGUUCCCAGAAGAAGAAAGGUAAAGCGCAUAGCAGCGUUUCUAAUAUCCACAAUAGCACAUCCAGUGCUCACAGCGAGGCACCUGAUGUUAACAGUGAGGUAUCUGACGUUUGCAGUAGCUUGAAUACUGCGGCGAAUGUCUCUGCAAAAAACGUAAAGCCUGCCCGAAACACAGAGAGCAGUGCAAGUCACGAUAGCUCGUCUUCGAACAGUCACUUAGAAUUUCAUGACGCGUUGAACACAGCUGACACAAGACGUCUCAAUCGAUCAGAUCUUGAAACGCGAACUGAACCAAAGAGAUGGUCUGAUGUAAAAGAUGAAGAAGUUGCUGAAACAGAUUAUUUGGAUCGCUGCGACAUAUCUACAUAUUGGAUAGAUAAUGAAGAAAAAGAUAAAUCCAUAGAUGACUUGUCUCAAUAUCUUCAGGAUAUGGAGGACCCUUUGGGAAUUGGGACCAAGACUGAUGGGAGCCAAACACCGUAUCUCAGCAAGUUCAAUGGGGGCCUGUCUCGUGAUAGAGUUGUCAAAAGGAAAAAAACACUUGACUUGAUCAGCGAAGAAUUUGAACCUAUCACUUAUCUCAUUAGUGUGCAUCGGGAUACGACGAUUGAUAACUUGUUAGUUGGCAAAAGAAACUUAGAGUUGAAGCUUGCUUCUCGCCAGCGCCAGCUUGAAUACCUUGUUAAGAACAAGUUCUCUCUCUUCAUAGCUUGCAAAGACGCCAUCGGCUCUAUCAACGCGAAAAUGAACGCCGAUAGCACUUCCGCUCAGAUCAUCACGUAUUCUGAGUUCAUCUUUUCGGAUCUUGAAAAAUCUUCUCGAGAGAUCUUUUCUAAUUUGAUAGAGCGGAAAAACGAAAUUGACAGAAUUCGUAAUGCCUUGAGCAUUCUGAAGAGAUCUCAAUUUUUCUUCCAUCUACCUCGACAAAUGCGAGAUAACAUUGAAGCUCGACAAUAUGGUAAAGUAGCUGCCUGUUACAAAAGAAUCAAAUCCCUUACUGCGACUAUUUCUCAUACUUAUGCCAGAAACGUUUUGGCAGAAGUCGAGUCGAUCGUCAGUAACUUGAGGACGACGCUGUUUGAACUAUUGGAACAUCCAAACACGACACUGAAAGAACAGGAGGUUAUUAUAAUGCAAUUGAUUGACUUAAACAGCUCGAUGGAUCCCGCAUGGUUCUGUAUUUCGCUUUGUUACAAAAAGAUGAAGUCUCUACUUACAGAAAAGUUGGUCAAUCUCAACUCGCCUCCUGUAUCUGACCGCUACUCUUCCAGGUCCUUUGAUCUUUCGACGUCGCCUAUUGUACAAGCUUCACAGAUAUUGCAGGAGCAUAUGCCGCGCUUCUGGCAUUUGUUCAAGCUCUGGAGCUCAAAUUUACCGGAAAUUUCCGGUGACUUGGUCAAAAAUUCGGCGGAGCACCACACCCAAGAGGAGUUCCUGGAGCUUCUUGAAGACAUCUAUCAUGUGUACUGUGAUAUCGUUAUCAAAGAUUUCUACGGUCCUUUUUACACAAUUGAGCAAGUAGUAGAGCUUCUUAAUGAAAUGUGCAAGCUGUUACCGAAUGGCAGCUUCACUCUUUUUAACGAGAAAAAAAGCUUCACCAAGCGCAAGGUGGAUCGACACUCUUCCAGUCACCAUAGUCUUACGUUGUCUCCUUUUCAGAAACACGAAAAAAUGAAAAAUGUAAAAUCAGACACGCCGACGACUACCUACAACUUUCCGAAAAAGUUCAAAGAUUUCAUUCAACAAAGUGUCAACGAUAAUGAUGUGGACGGCAGCUGCUUUGGAAAGGAAAUCGUUUUGUCUAUUCGGAAUUUGCAACAAUGUCUCUCUCAAAUCUUGCCCGAAGAAUAUAUGGAGGCCUUGUCUGAUCUCUUCGACGUGAUCCUCCGCACGUACAUUGUUAAGGAAGUUUACGAUAUUUUUUACAAGAUCAGAACCUGGUUUACAAGAGAAACGUGGGCCAUUGCAAACCAGAAUUAUAUGAUAACGUCUGUUCCGUUAAAGUUCGAGUGCAUUUUGAAGAGGCUGCUUAAUAAUUUCGAAGCUGUUAUCUGGAAGGAUCAUCCGCUGAUCAUACUUUUUCAAAAGAGCCUAGUUAAGUGCUUGAAUCACUUUUUAGAAAAUACGUUCCAUCUGGUGUUCACCGAAAAAGUCGAGUGUGGGGAGGAAAUUGCGACAAGACUUGGGCGGUCCGUGAAGUCGUCAACGGGCAUCCAUGCCACAUCCGAAGACGCUCGCCUAAUUAUCCUUCUAAACAAUUGCUAUUACGUUAGGACCAAGAUUGUUCCAGCGCUUGUCGAGACGUUCGAAAGCAAAUACAACCGAACGUUAUUUUAUGACGCAAAGUUUAGAGAACUUCAGCCUAUAGAGCAGUUAGAAGAAAUGAUAAAGCUAAGGUACAUCUGCUUCGAAACGGUUGCGCUGAACUCGAUCUUGAAUGGUGGGCUGUUGUACUCUGGAUUUGAUUGGUCUGGUUCCUCUGUAUUGCCUAGCAACAUAAGAGAUUACGUCAAAGUCGCGUUGCUCGAGCUGGUUUUCAUUCACGACGAAGUCUACCGUACGAGUAAAAAGUUGGUCUUCACAAUAUUGUCCACAUUGUUGAUGAAUAUGUACCAAUGUUUCCUCGACAUCCACAUUUAUGUUGAUAGCAUUUCUAAGUUCGCUGCGCUUCAGAUAGGGAUUGAGCUGGAAUUUAUUCACAACGUGAUGAUAAAAUACAGAACACCUAUCUCGAACAAAAUGUAUUUUGACCUUGAUCAGAUGCUACAGUACUCUUCCAUGAUGGAUCCCAAGUCUAGUGACUUUACCAUUAAGGAAAAAAAGGAAGUGAAGAGUAUUAUUACUUCAGAACUGAAUGACACCUACCUCUGUUACGAAUGCUUUAAUCACGUUGACUUGCCUGACACCGCUGUCCCUACAUCGUGAUGGAGGUGUGCCAGUGGUUUUGCGAGUUUUAAAAUGUGUACGCUUUUUGAGUGCUAUUGCAUUCACCUUUCGACACCCUGGAUGCAAGGACAGUAAAAGGAACUUGAGUUUUCGCGACGCCAAUGCGAGUUUUAAGAUUGCUUGGUGGUCGUCCUGCUUUUGGUUUUCUUUUUUUAAAAAAUUUGGUCUGCGUGUGGCAGAACUGGUUGACGAAGCGGUGAUCCUGAGUGCGGGGGGGUCACGGCUCAUGUAUGAAGGAGUGAAUGCCGGUUUCAGUUGUGCCGGCGCUAUCUAGGGUGUUUACACAAUAUUUUGCGAGCUGAGGCCCUGAUAGAAUUUCAAGAGUUAAGUUUGCACCAACAGAGAGUAUCUGAGUGGGUUGGGCGGGUCAGAGUGGUUUCGAUGCUCUUUGUUUUGCGCGAGGGGUUUUUGGCGAACAUCAGGGCUAGGGGCUACGUUUCUGCACUUAGAGUGACCAAAAAAAAAAAAGGUCGUCUGUUUUUGCGCUGCUUACUUUUUUUCCGCCUGUCUGUUGGAUGGAAUACCACGGGAGUGCCCUGUCCACUCUACAUUCCGCACUACAGUCCGCGAGGGCGUUACUUAGUUUAGACACAAGCAGUCUAAACGAAUACCGAAAACAAAUGCUUCAGAUGAAGCAAUGGAUUAACUAUUUACAUAGUGAGAUACAAAAGAAUGCGAACAUGACGGGCCAGCAAGAUUUGGAUGGCGCGGUCGAGUCCGAGUCUUCUAUCUCGACAAUGGAUCAACUCAUGGAAGAGAAGGUGAUGUUGGAACAGCUCAUCGAAAAAGAAGACAAUAGAUUGUAUCAGCUCCUGGGCAAGCUGCGAAUAAUGCAACAAACGUUAGACUCUAUUGAAGGCGAUAUGUCGGCGAAAGAAGAGGAGGGCAAAACUGCUUAGAGCGCGCCUCUGCUCUCUUCGUUGGCGUUUUCUGCGUGAGGAUAGCGUUGCAGCGAGAAUUUUCGGCGGUGCAAGCUAGAUUUGAAGUUGGGAAAAACUUUUAAAACGUGUUUUUCUGGUCAACGGGGAGCGAAGAGCCUCAACAUGUAAGCUUCCCAUGUCUUAAGGGGCCCCCGUGCCAUCAAAUGCGGUCUUGGUUUGUCCGUCCGGCGCACGAUAGUUGUGACGAGGAACGCCUUGGUAGAUGCCACGAAAAUAGAGCCUCGCUCAUUCGUUUUCAUUUUUUUUUUA